AUGUCCUUUCCUACGGACAGCACCGUGCAUCUGCGCCCCGCUCUCAACCAAUGCAAUCAAAUGUCCAUUUUUGCGCUGUUGUGUGCUCUUCGAUGCUACCGCUGUUUUAGGUGCGUACGUUCAUCACGGGUGGCACUGCCGUUCUUUUCACCGCACUCCAGCGGUACCACGCGUGAUCGCAUGUACGAGUACCUGCCACGAUUGCAGGGCGAUGCCGUGAUUGAUCUGCACCAAAUAUUCUCGUUCACAUUAAUUUAUGGCACAUCUUCUCACGCAGAACACAAUUCUGUUCAUUCAUCCGAUCGUGGGCUGUUCGUCAGCGUAAGCACGGCCGUGCACACCGUUUCUACUCAGGCACUGUUCAACGAUGGCAACCGAUCGGUGGACGUGUUGCGAGGUGGCAGUGCAAAACGGGCAGAAGAUGAAAAUGACCGUAUUGUUAUGGCCGAUGAGAGGGAAAGAGCAGUUCAACGUGCGUAG